AUGCGCGCCUCCUGCUCCUUCCUCUUGGUGAGCAGCUCCUCGACACGCGCCUGCCGCUCCGUCCUCCAGGGACACGCUUUCUCUCCUGCAAAACGGACACCUGGAUUACACACUCUCCUCCUCAAGCCCGAGGUCUGGAUGGGGUCACGAUGGGGUCACGAUGGGGUCACGAUGGGGUCUGGACGGGGUCACGAUGGGGUCACGAUGGGUCACGAAGGUUGGGGUCACGGUCAGAUGGGGUCACGAUGGGUGGUUCACGACGGGGGUCUGGACGGGGUCACGAUGGGGUCUGGAUGGGGUCUGGAUGGGUCACGAUGGGGGUCACGAUGGGGUCACGAUGGGGUCACGAUGGGGUCACGAUGGGGUCACGAUGGGGUCUGGAUGGGGUCACGAUGGGGUCACGAUGGGGUGUCUACGAUGGGGUCACGAUGGGGUCACGAUGGGGUCACGAUGGUUGGUCACGAUGGGGUCACGAUGGGGUCACGAUGGGGUCACGGAUGGGUCACGAUGGGGUCUGGAUUGGGGGUCACGAGUGGGGUCACCGAUGGGGUCCGAUGGGGCACGAUGGGGUUGGAUGGGGUCUGGACGGGGUCUGGACGGGGUCUACGAUGGGGUCUGGAUGGGGUCACGCUAAUGGGGUCUCGAUGGGGUCACAAUGGAGGUCUGGAUGGGGUACGAUGGGGUCUGGAUGGGUCUGGAUGGGUCUGGAUGGGGUCUGGAUGGGGUCACGGAGGGGUCACGAUGGGGUCACGAUGGGGUCCACGAUGGGUCACGAUGGGGUCUGGAUGGGGGUCUGGAUGGGGUCUGGAUGGGGUCACGAUGGGGUCACGAUGGGGUCAUGGGAUCACGAUGGGGUCUGGUGAUGGGGUCUGGAUGGGGUCACGAUGGUGGGGUCUGGGAUGGGGUCACGAUGGGGUCACGAUGGGGUCACGAUGGGGUCACGAUGGGGUUCUGGAUGGGGUCUGA